UUCAUCGAUAAAAGUAAGACAAUAAGUAAAGUGGAACAGUUGUUUCUUUUGAAAAGUAAGAUAGACAACUAAAUUUCUCAUUGCUCUUGAUGAAUUCUAAAGGUUCACGUACAAGUGAACUCGAAGCGACGAAACCUGUCUUCGGCCUGAAUGACGCGGAGGCUAUUACAAAUGCACGCGAAGCAGUAAAUAACUCAGGCAAUCCCGUCUUUUCAUGUUUGACAAAUAUAAAUGCAACUGACGUGGCUGCGACGCCUGUUUUGACGGCAAGUGAAGACGUAUUUCAAGGCUACAACACCAAGAAGCAACACCCAAUGUACAUGACGAGUUCCAUGGAUUAUGGUUCACGACAGCCCACGGUACAUACAAUGCCGACGAUGUUUCAUGCCAAAAAUCAGAAGUUCUCCGCGCAUCUCAGCAAAUGUGGAAUGUAUAGAGACCAUUCUCUAAACACGGCCAUGGACAAGAGUACAGUUUGACCGUCUUACACACAAUAAUUUCUGUAAAUAUAAUUUCUAAUGCAGUCAGUUAGAUACAAGUGAUGGAAAAAUGUAUGUACACACAAUGCAAGUUUCAAAAAAUGAUACGUGUCAAGAAGUUGAGUAGUUCAAUAUAUGUCCAGAAAAGAUGGAGAGCUAAAA